GAGAACGGACUUUGUCCCUGCUUGCCUCCUGACCCAGGCCUAUUUAGACCUCGGACACGGAGGGAAGUCGGUACUCGGGCAGGCUGGGUGGCACUCUGCAGCGUUAUGCACCGGCAGCUAAGGGUGCAGCCCCAGUGAGCUGGGAGUCCGUUCUAAGCGACCGACUUACCUAGUCGUGCGCCCCGCGACCAGCAGAGACAUGAAUUAUUCGAGGUUCCUCACUGCAACCAGCGUGGCCAGAAAGCCUUCCGCCAUCAGAUCAACAGUUGAGAUAAUGAGCAAGGCACCGAAAACCGUCAUCUCCCUGGCUCCUGGAUCUCCAAACCCAAACAUGUUCCCCUUUAAGGCGGCUGCUUUCACCGUGGAAAACGGAAAGACCUUCCGGUUUGAAGAAGAGACGAUGAAAAGAGCCCUCCAGUACUCUCCAAGCUAUGGAAUUCCAGAACUUCUGUCCUGGCUAAAACAGUUGCAAAUAAAAUUGCAUAAUCCCCCCACUGUCAACUACCCACCCAAUCAAGGACAAAUGGAUCUCUGCAUUACAUCUGGCUGCCAAGAUGGUCUUAGUAAGGCAUUUGAAAUGCUCAUCAGUCCUGGAGACACUAUCCUGGUAAAUGAACCACUGUAUACAGGAACGCUCCAUGCUAUGAAACCAUUGGGCGGCAACAUUAUUAAUGUCCCCAGUGAUGAGCAUGGCAUUAUUCCAGAGGCUCUCAAAAAAAUACUUUCCCGAUGGAACCCAGAAGAUUCCAAGGAUACCACAAAAAAGGCGCCAAAAUUUCUUUAUACCGUCCCAAAUGGCAACAAUCCUACAGGCUACUCGUUGACAGGUGACCGCAAGAAGGAAAUCUAUGAGCUUGCAAGAAAAUAUGACUUCCUCAUAAUAGAAGAUGAUCCUUACUAUUUUCUCCAGUUCAAUAAGCCCUGGGCACCAACCUUUCUCUCUAUGGAUGUCGAUGGGCGAGUGAUUAGAGCUGACACCUUUUCAAAAGUUCUCUCCUCGGGGCUGAGAGUAGGGUUUAUGACUGGCCCUAAGUCCUUGAUAGAGAGGAUUGUUCUGCACACACAAGUUUCAACGUUACAUCCCUGCACUCUCUCACAGCUCAUGAUAUCACAGCUUUUAUACCAAUGGGGAGAAGAGGGCUUCCUGACCCAUGUUGACAGGACUAUUGAUUUCUAUAAGAACCAGAGGGAUAUGAUAUUGGCAGCUGCAGACAAGUGGUUGAGUGCUCAGGCUGGCCUUGAACUUCUGAUCCUCCUGCCUCCACUCCCCAAAUGUUGAAAUUGCAGAUAUAUACUACCGCACCUAGUUUACGAGGUGCUGGUACCAGAACCUGGGCGGCCAGAACUCCAGGCAAGCACUCCACCAACUGAGCGACGGCGCCAACACCAGAGUUUGUGGUUUUAAGAGAAAAAAAAAAAAGCUCAUUCAAAAACUUAAUCAGCAAUGUUACCUGCAGCUGAAUAAAACCCAUCUUCAAAAAUGCUCAUAAGCUGUUCGUUGAUUCAGAAUUUUGCUCCCAAAAUACUCUCUGUUUAUAACUGAAAAUAAAUGUAAACAAGUAGUAUAGUAUAAUUUAAAAUAUUUAAAUUCGUUAACACAAAAGUAUUUUCUUUGUUACUUUGAAUUUAGGAUGCUUUUUAUUCUAAAAUAAAGUCUGAUAAAUUACCCUGGCUUAAUUAUAGCAUAAAAAUGAUUUGAUGAGAAGAGUAUUAAGUAAAAAGUAUCAACGCCUCUGACUGCCAUAUAUCAUACAUUGUUUUCUGUAAAGCCUUGAUUAAAAGCAGAAUUAUUUUCUGAAUAACAAGAGUAAUUUUCUACCACUUUGUGUAGGAGUGGUGACAAAAAUAUUUUUAAGCAAUUAAAAUCAAAAUACGUAUUCUUUUUCCUUAGUUUUGUUUUGUUUUGUUUUGUUUUCUAUCAUAAUAGUCACACGUAAAGCUUGAAGAGGAAUCUGGAAUUCAUGAUUUCAGCACUUUUAUUCUAAUUAGUUAAAUUUCUGUAGAAAUUAAUCCAUCUGGGCAUGCAAACUAUUACAUAAAUAGUAGAGUUUAUGAAAUCCGAGGAGACUCCAAGAGGGAUUGAAGAAGCCACCUUAAAAUUGGAAUGGCCUUGAGUGUGACUACCUGUGUGAAGGAGGGGCACACCGGAUGUUUGCUCUUUCUGAAGGCUGUCAGCUCUGAGUGCACACAGGAACUACUGUCUCUAAGCUUCUUAUCCCAACACUGAUGGUUUUUUAAAGUGAACACAGAACAUCAACUUGGGGGUCUUGUCAAGUCACAUUUUGAGAUACUGUCACUGAAACAAACUGUCUGGAAGUGCAGUCUGUGAUCACUGCACCUGUGCGGGGAACUGGAUCUUAUCAGAGAUAUGCCUAGAGCAUGCCAUCUCCUUCCCUUUGCAGGUUUGGCGGAGUGGCAUGUCCCCAAAGCUGGCAUGUUUCUGUGGAUUAAAGUUAAGGGAAUCUCUGA